CCUUCGUCCACCUCACUCGUUCGCUCCUCUCGCCGAUCUCCUCUGCGGUGCACCUUCCCGGCAUUGAUCUCUCCCUCUUCUUUUCUGAAGACAAGUAUCUUCCUAUUUCUCUGAAGGAGAAGUGGAGGCGGCGUGCCCGGGAAGCCAGGGGACGCGCGACUAGCGAGCCCUAGAUUCUUCGUUGCUGCCGCUGCCAACAUCGCUGGCCUAGCCACCUCCUCCCUGCCGCUGACGCAAGCCGUCAUCUCCCUCCGCCGUUGUCGCAGGCCGAGCUGCCUCCACUCGCUGGAAAUAUUGAGAAUUUUCUGUGACACAUCUGGGAUAUUCCUUGUCAGAAACCCUCCCUGUCUCUCAAUCUUAUUAGAGGCAGGAGUGCACGAUGCAGAUACAGGUAAAGUGCAACUGUGGUGAUGGGAAAUGCCCUGAGUGGGCGAUAAUUGAACUCCAGGGUGUUGUUGAAUCCCAGUUAGCUAUCAGUGAUCAGAUCAAUGGUCUUGAGAUUGGACAUCUCUGCUGCUCUUCGUUGUCUUCUUCCUCUCAGCUAAGCUACAUCUUCACUGUUGGUUACCAUGAACUCUCUGGCACAAAAGUACAGUUGAAGAAACCACUAUUGGUGUUAAAGAAAAAGGCAGCAGUAGAUGCUGCAGGGCUUGAAUUUCCUGCUUCCUCUGCCACAGAACUGGAAGUCAUUGGAAUCAUUCGCCAGAAAAUCCUGUUCAAGACUAGACCCAAAGCACUGAUAUCACGGGCACAGGCAAAGAAACUUUCAUAAUAAGGCAACCAUCCAAAGAUCAGGGUAAAUGCGCAAGAAUUAACUCGAAUCCGAGCCCCAACCCAUUGCAUGUUUUAUGAUUAUGAGGAUGAGAAGCUUUACGAUCGAUUCCACCUCCAAGUGGAACACCUCUUGCUUUUGGAUUUUGGUAGGAGGAAGAAGGCAUGAUCAUGUUGCCAGAAACAUCCCUUGUUUUUGGCUUUACAAAAGACUAAUGCAUAUUAUUGUGUUGCCUAAUGUUGGUUC